AUGGGUUGUUUCAGCAGCAAGGCCGCCGAUUCAAAAGAGAGUCGGGUGACUCGGUGGCGGUCCACUGGCAUUGUUUCUCUGCGUGACUGCAAGUUGAAGACGUUUCCUGAUGAAGUUAUUGACCUAGAAAGAUCCGUGCGCACCCUCGAUUUAACGCACAACAGAUUGGUUGAUAUCCCCAUGGAGAUAAGCAAAUUGAUUAACCUGCAACGGUUGAUUUUAGCUGAUAAUGUUAUUGAGCGUCUUCCAAUGAACCUGGGGAAGCUUCAAUCUUUAAAAGUUAUGACACUCGAUGGAAAUCGAGUUACCACAUUGCCUGAUGAAUUGGGCCAGUUGGUGAAAUUAGAACGGCUAUCAAUAUCUGGAAAUCUGCUACUGAAUUUGCCUGAAACUAUCGGGAGCUUGCGCAAUUUGGUGCUGUUAAACGUGUCAAACAACAAGCUAAACUCUCUUCCUGAGUCCAUUGGUAGUUGCUUCUCUCUGGAAGAAAUUCAAGCGAAUGAAAAUUCCAUUGAAGAUCUUCCUGCUUCAGUUUGCAAUCUCGUUCAUCUGAAGUCACUGUCCUUGAACAAUAAUAAUGUGAAGCAGAUACCUCCAAAUUUGUUGAAAGAAUGCAGAAUUCUACAGAAUAUAUCACUCCAUGGCAAUCCCAUUGUUAUGGAUCAAUUUCAACAGAUGGAAGGAUUUCAAGAUUUUGAAGCCCGGAGGAAAAAGAAGUUUGACAAGCAGAUAGAUUCUAAUGUGAUGAUAAUGACAAUUUUUAAGUUGAAUUUCUCAGCGAUGUGGGGUGGUGGAGCAUUUGAACGAGGUCGUGGUACCAAAAUUCAUCAAAAGCUAUAUGUAUAUGCCAACUUCCAGUAA